UGGAGAUGGACCAGCGCUUGCAGCGCUUCUUGGAGCUGCAGAAGUACACGGCAGAAGACGAACAGAAGAAAUGAUGGAAGAACUGGAGAGUAUCAAAAAUAGGGUCUCCCUGACCAUAAGUGAAUAUGAAAGAAACAGCAAACCAACAGAAGACAACAUUAAAUGUGGAAAUAUGCAGUUUUUGGAAGAUUUGAACCAGUUGGAAGAAAUGUUAAAGGAUUCAGUGGAAAGAAACAAAUACAAGCAACAAGUAACCAUUUUUAUCAUUGGAUAUCAAAAUGCAUGUGGAGAAAGACAGGUCAUUCUAGACCAACUUCAUGAGUUUUUUAUUCGGCACCUCAGUUUUUUUAUCAGCGGAGGAGGAAAAACUCUCAGACAUUGAAGACAAUGACAUUGAGGACAUUGCAAUAAGGGUAAAUGAGGCUCUUUUUUCUGCUGAACAGGCAACCCAUCGAUUAGUAGAGCUUAAUAAAGAGAUGUUAAACUACAUGCAUACCACAGUUUCAUCAAAGGAAGGAAAUAAGAAAAGAAGGAAACUGGAAAAGGCAUUAAAUAAAGCUGAAGCUGAGAUAACCAACUUAACAGUGAAGUUAGCUCCAACUCAAAAAGAAUUGGAAAAGAAGGAACGCAACAUUAAGCAAUUAAUAAAACACAGUGAAAUAAAAAACCUGCAGUGCCUUCAGUUCAAAUCUCAAGCAGAAGACUUCAAAUCCCAAACUGAAGUUAUGAAGAAGGAGCUGGAGAGCCUCCAGCAGGAUGUGGAGGUUCAGAAGUUUCUUCUGGACCAUCAGAGAAGACAGCACUUAUCCCAGCUUGAGGACUUGAGAAAGCAACUUGAACACGCCCUUCAGGGAAAGGAGCAGCUAAAACCCCAUUCCUCCCAACAGGCAGAGGAGGACCCCAGAUCUUCAGGAGUUCUCCCGGAAGUGAAAUGCAUUGAAAAAGAUGAAAAAAAAGGAUUUCCUGCAGAGAUGACAAUUGAAGUGUCUGAGCUGUCUGAAAGAGGAAAAGAAGCAGGACAACCUAAGAAUGGAGACCUGUACUCUGUAGCAGCACAUACUGGCCAGGCCAAACUCUGCCCUGAUGAAGAAACCAACCAUUCAUCAAAAGAAGGACCUAGAGAAGGUUUGCAGUUACUAACUGAUUCUGAGAAGGAUGCACAACUGUUGCCUAGGGGAGGAUUCAUGGAGAACAAGACAGGGGGAGUCAUGCUACCUGUGAACAGGGAAGAUGCAGCACUAAUUUCCACUGUGCCAUUCCCCCCAGGCACUGAAAAACCUACACUUGUUGUUACUCAAGUGAGUUCUGAACAAAGUGCAGUACAAGAGCGGCUGCCCACAGAGGGCAGUGAAAAGUUCCUCUGCAGGAGAAUGAGCGCUCUGGAGACUGUUCAAGUUGCUUUCCUGGAGCACAGUAUUGAUCUGAGAGACGAACAAGCUCUGUCGAGCAUUCCUUCAGAUGAACACUACUUUCAGGCCUAUAAAACUGAGGCUGUUAGUAAGAUAGAUGAAUUAGAGAAAGAGGUUUCUACACUGAAGGAAAGAUUCAACCAAACUGUAAGUUGUCUUCAAGAUGAACUGGAAACAAAGAUGUUACACUGGACUCAGGAGAGAGAGUCGCUUCUGGGGCAGCUAACAGAGGCUCAGACCUCCAUUUUGUACUUUAAAAAACAUUCCUUGCAAGAGCACAGUGAUCAGAGUUCCCAGGAUGAGACAGAGGCCAGUGUUCACUCUUUAACAGAGGAUGAAUCAAUGCAAUCAACACAUGCUGUCAAAUCUGACACGGGUGACCUUAGUGAUCAUACAGAUCUGGAUGCUCUCAUUGAUGAUGAAGCUGGAUUCAUGGCAUCAGAACCAACUGGAACAUUAGAGGGUCCAGUUGAAGAUCUGCUAAGGGAACGUUCACUAUUGUGUUCUACAUCUCAAGCUGAUGGACCAGAUGCACUUCUGAUGGAACAGGACUCACCAAUCGUUGUAAAUAAACUAAGCAGAAUUAGCCAACAUCAGAUGAAUAAUGAAUUCAGAAAACUACAUGCACAAAUUUUACAUUUCAAAGAUGCAAUUAUCAAAAUGUUUUUGGACAAAGAAAUGUUUAUUGGUGCCCAGCGCUUUUAUGAUAUUGCUGUAGUGCAAUACAGUCCAGAUGUGGAUAUGUUGGACUACGUUUGUUCCCUGGCCAGCAGUAGCCAGUGCAUCCUCAAUGAAGCCCUGACAGCAUUUAGUUUAUUGUUGAACAUGAAUGAGAAAGAAGGUGCUACAUCCUAUGAUGGUACGGCUCACGAGCAAAGAAGCAUGAGCUACAUUAACUCUGUGCUGGAGCAAACCAGCCUCGACUCCUUGCCAGUCAGUGGGCUAAGCACUGCUGAUGCUGCCAUGGAGAGUCCAACAAAGUCAGAGCUGCAGAACCAAAUGCUACAGAUGAAAACAGAACUCAGUAUAAAAUCCCAACUUCAUCAGGAAAAAGACCAAAGAAGCCACCGUUUACUGUCAGAUAUGAAACAACGUGUUGACUUCUUACAAAAAGAGCUGAAUACAGUUAAAUUAUCUACCAAGGAGGAAGGAAAUAGACAAUUUAAUGCAAGCAAGAAAGGUCAAGACUCUGUGAUUUUGUUUACAAGAUUAGACAUCAAGCGAAAUACAAAGGUUUUGAAGAAAAGCCUGUCAGCUUGUAGGAUUCCUCAGGAGAGCUAUGAGAUUGCUUCUCAGGCAAUGGGGGAGUAUUCCAGACUUCAGAGAGAGAGAUUCAGCCAGCUUGUAAAGCAGUACACACAGCAUGUUACCUUAUGUGAAGCCAAGAAAAACCUCAGUAACCUGAGAAAGAGAGCUGCUGCUGCUGCACCAGAUGAAUCAGAGACUCUCAGAAGAAUGGAGAAGCUUCACAGGAGGAAAAAGGAAACAUGGAACAGGAAAGAACUGGAUUUUUCAGAGCGGAGGAUGAAUCUUGCCAACAUGUUGAUGAGCACAUUGAUUAAUAUUGAGGAGACAUCAGGCUUGUUCUUAGUAAAGCCAGUACUCUCAUGGCAGGGAAGACCUGCUACAUUGAAAGGACAAUUUAAGGUCAGUACACUUCCUAAACUAGGAACAGUGCUACAUGUGCCUUCACCAUCUUUUGCUCCAACUGAACACACAGCUGAACCUACUUCAGAAAGUCCUUUAUUGCAGCAUAUGGACUGCUUCACAGCAAGAUUUUAUGAAGGUAUCCAUCAUCUACCAUCUGGUUGUGACCCUUUUCCACUGCCCAUGGCUGAAGGAUCUCAAGGAGUGUGGGAGAUGGUGAUGGCACAACCUCAACAUGUUCAGUCAUCAGCACAAAUAACUUCUUACAAUAUACCCAAAAUACUGGAACUGGAUCUGCAGAGAGUGCAGUUUCCUCAGCAACACCCCUGUUACAAAUUAUUCCAGAAGGCAAUUCCAUCUGAAGUAAGACCUAUAAAGAAUACAACUAGAAGCUACUUCACAAUGAAACAUCAAAAUUAUCACCACUGCAUAGCAGGGAAAACAAAACAAAUGUCUGCACCACCUGUUAGGCACCCAGCCCUUCCUAGUCUUUACACAAGCGAUUUUGCACCAUCUGCACCCAGACCAACUCCUGAAGGUUAUCCAGCACAUACACUUCCUCCCAUACAAGCAUCAUCAGAGGUCAGCUUCAAGUCACACUCAUGGAAAAAUACCCUUGAAGACUGCGUAGAACAGAAUGUUCAUCUGUUCAGUCCUUUUAAACGAUUCUGUUACUCUGCCCCGGAAAUAAACAAACCCAUAUGAAGGAAUACAAGUAAUACAUCAUUUCCAAAGGAAAGGAGAAACAUAUAAAAAGGAUUUACAAAUGAGUGGAUUCGCUCCUAUCACCUGGACUUUGUAAAUGUCAUGGCAACAUUGUGGAAGAAUGCACUGAUAUUUACUGUAUAUUAC